GGAUGCGAAGGAGGGCGGUGUUCCCGGUUUCCUGGGUUACCUGAGGGGCGGGGGCGGGAGCCGGCGGCGGCCGCGGCGAGGACCCGGGAUUCGCUGUGUGAGGGGAGCGCGCGGCGGCGGCGGGGGCCGGACCGGAGCUUGGUCAUGAGCACCGACAGUAACUCUUUGGCACGUGAAUUUCUGACCGAUGUCAACCGGCUUUGCAAUGCAGUGGUCCAGCAGGUGGAGGCCCGGGAAGAGGAGGAGGAGGAGGAGGAGGAGGAGACACACAUGGCAGCCCUUGGACAGUACCUUGUCCACGGCCGAGGCUUCCUUUUACUUACCAAGCUAAAUUCCACCAUUGACCAGGAACCCAACACAUAUAAGGAAGUAUUUGUUCGCUGUGGUGCUCACCUGUCACGGAACAUUCUGGAAUAUUUGCAGGCGCUGACAUGCAGAGAGGAGCUCCUCACUCUUCUGCUGUCGCUCCUCCCGCUGGUGUGGAAGAUUCCUGUGGAGGAAGAAAGGGCGGCAGAUUUUAAUCUGCCGUUCUCAGUUGAUAUAAUCCUGACCAAAGAAAAGAACUUAAGUUCACAAAGAUCUACUCAGGAAAAAUUAUAUUUAGAAGGCAGUGCUCCAUCGGGUCAGGUUUCUGCAAAAGUGAAAAGCAGACGACAGCGUAAAGCCACCCACGCCUGUUCCCUAAGAGAUGCAAGAAAGACGCAGCUCUCCACCUCGGGCUCAGAGGCCGACUCAGACGAUAGAAGGCCCCGGCGGCCCCACCAGCUGCAGCCUCUUGUAGCCCAGGCUUCUAAAGAAGGCGCGCUUGCAGCUCGCCCCAACCGCUUGUCAACCAGAGAACAGACUCCCCCUGAGACCAUGGCUUCGGGAAGUUUCCAAGAGAUGAUGCCAAGCCAGGAGGCAAACACGGACAUUUUAAGUGAGCCAGCUGCCUUGUCUGUUAUCAGUCACAUGAGCAAUUCUCCAUUUGACUUAUGCCAUGUUCUGUUAUCUUUAUUAGAGAAAGUCUGUAAGUUUGACAUGAACUUGAAUCAUAAUUCUGCCCUGGCAGCCAGCGUCGUGCCCACGCUGACCGAGUUCCUCGCAGGCUUUGGGGACUGCUGUGAUCUCGGGGACAACGCGGAGAGCCAGGUGGUUGCUGCAGGUUGGACUGAGGAGCCAGUGGCCUUGGUGCAACGGCUGCUUUUCCGGACAGUGUUGCAUCUCAUGUCAGUGGAUGUGAGUGCUGCAGGGGCGAUGCCGGACAGCCUCAAAAAGAAUUUAACCGAGUUGCUCAGAGCAGCUUUAAAGAUUAGAACUUGCCUAGAAAAGCAGCCUGACCCCUUCGCCCCGAGACAGAAGACGACCCUGCAGGAGGUGCGGGAAGGGUUUGUGUUUUCCCGCUAUCGGCACCGAGCCCUCCUGUUGCCCGAGCUUCUGGAAGGGGUGCUGCAGCUCCUCACCUGCUGCCUCCACAGCGCAGCCUCAAACCCCUUCUUCUUCAGCCAAGCCAUGGACCUGGUUCAGGAGUUCAUCCAGCACCACGGGUUCCACUUGUUCGAGACAGCAGUCCUGCAAAUGGAGUGGCUGAUCUUAAGAGACGGCGUCCCUGCCGAGGCCUCGGAACGUCUGCGAGCCCUGAUAAACGGCGUCCUGAAGAUAAUGAGCGCCGUCAAAAAGGUGAAGUCGGAGCAGCUCCAUCAGUCCAUGUGCACCAGGAAGAGGCACAGGCGGUGUGAAUAUUCCCACUUCAUGCGUCACCACCGAGAUCUCUCGGGGCUCCUGGUCUCGGCUUUUAAAAACCAGGUUUCCAAAAACCCCUUCGAGGAGAGCCCGGAUGGCGCUGUGCACUACCCUGAGCGGUGCUGCUGCCUGGCCGUGUGCGCGCACCAGUGCCUGCGCCUGCUGCAGCAGGCCUCCCUGAGCAGCACGUGCGUGCAGGUCCUGGCCGGCGUCCAGGACGUGGGGCUGUGCUGCUGCAUGGACCCCAAGUCCGUCAUCGUCCCUUUGCUCCACGCUUUUCAGCUGCCGGCACUGAAGAAUUUCCAGCAGCAGAUCCUGAACGUCCUAAGCAGACUUCUUUUAGAUCAGUUAGGAGGCGCCGAGAUGCCGCCACGAAUGAAAAAGGCAGCUUGCAAUAUUUGUACCGUUGACUCGGAUCAACUGGCCAAAUUAGAAGAAACGCUGCAGGGGCCUGCGCGGGACGAGGAGCCUUCCUGGGGGCUGCCCAGUCCCUACAGGUGCCCCGGCAUCCUGCCCAGCAGCGGCUCUGAGGACUCGUUGUGGAGAUGGGAUGCCUUAGAGGCGUAUCAGAAUUUCGUGUUUGAAGAAGACCGGUUACAUAGUGUGCAGAUUGCAAACCACAUUUGCAGUUUAAUGCAGAAAGGCAAUGUGGUGGUUCGCUGGAAACUGUAUAAUUACAUCUUCAACCCUGUGCUCCAGAGAGGAGUAGAACUGGCCCGUCACUGCCAGCACCCUGGCGUUCCUCCAGCCCAGACGCACGUGUGUGGCCGUCAGAACCAGUGCUUGCCUCUCGAAGUGCUUCAGGUUUAUUUAAAAACGCUGCCGUCCCUGCUGAAGUCAAGGGUAAUAAGAGAUUUGUUUUUAAGUUGUAAUGGAGUAAGUCAAAUAAUUGAACUAAAUUACUUAGAUGGUAUUCGAGGUCAUUCCCUAAAAGCAUUUGAAACUCUGAUAAUCAGCCUUGGGGAGCAACAGAAAGACUCUUCGAUUCCAGGGACUGAUGGGCUAGAUGGGGAAUCCAAGGAGCCGGCAUCCUUCCACGCAGGCACCUCUGUCCACAGCCAGCAGGCGUUUUCAGACUCUCCUCAGAGUCUCAGCAAGUUCUACGCCAGCCUCAGAGAAGCCCACCCGAAGAGACGCAAGUCCGCCCCCCACGACGCCCACCUCCACACGAUCAACCUCUUCCUCUGCGUGGCGUUCCUGUGUGUCAGCAAAGAGGCCGACUCCGACGGGGAGUCCGCCAUCGAUUCGGAGGACACCUCCGGCUACGACAGCACGGCCAGCGAGCCCCUGUGCCAGGAGCUGCCCUCCCUGCCUCUGGAGAGCCUGGUUUUGCCGCCCCCCGAGCGCAUGCACCAGGCGGCCGACAUCUGGUCCAUGUGUCGCUGGAUCUACAUGCUGAGCCCAGCCUUCCAGAAGCAGCUCUGCAGGCUGGGCGGGGUCCGGGUGUGCCAUAAGCUGAUAUUCAUGAUCAUCCAGAGGCUGUUCCGGGGUCCCGACGAGGAGCACGGGAAGAAGGAGGACCAGGAGCCACUGAGAACUGCCCAUGUGGAGGUUGCUGUGGAGGAGGACUCGGGCUCCUCGGCUGUGAGAAGCGCCCCCACCCCGUCCGGCCCUGGCGGUCCAAAGGGGAGUGCUGGCAGUGUAGGUGCAUCAGAGUCACGUGCUGCUUCCACAAACGGGGAUCCGAUUCCCGCUGCUGGAGCUGCUCCUGAGGAAGCAAAGGGGCCUGCAGGUCGACCAAGUGAUGCCUCACUUCAGAGCAUCCGACUGCUGGAAGCCCUUCUGGCCAUCUGUCUGCACGGCUCCAGAGCUAGUCAGCACCGGGCGGAAUUGGAGCCACCCGGCCAGAACUUGUCUGUGGAAAAUAUAUUGUUUGAAAUGAGGGACCAUCUUUCCCGGUCAAAGGUGAUUGAGACGGAAUUGGCAAAACCUUUAUUCGAUGCCCUGCUCCGAGUUGCGCUGGGGAAUCACGCGGCAGAUUUUGAACACAGUGAUGCUGUGACUGAGAAGAGUCCUCAGUCUGAAGAAGAAUUGUCAUCCCAACCUGGAGCGUUUCCAGAAGAAGCGGAGGGUACCUCAUGUGGUUUUAAACUUCUGGUGGAAGAAGAAGGUUAUGAAGCAGACAGUGAGAGCAGUUCUGAGGACAGUGGAGCCCGGGAUGAUGGGGUAGACGUAAAGCCUGAAGCAAAAGUUUUCAUUGCAUUAAGCAGUCCAAAUGACUUACUUGAAAACCUCACUCAGGGAGAAAUAAUCUAUCCUGAGAUUUGCAUGCUGGAAUUAAAUUUGCUUUCUACUAGUAAAGCCAAACUUGAUGUGCUUGCCCACGUAUUUGAGAGUUUUUUGAAAAUCAUCAGGCAGAAAGAAAAGAAUAUUUUUCUACUCAUUCAACAGGGAACUGUGAAAAAUCUUUUAGGAGGGUUCUUGAGUAUUUUAACACAGGCUGAUUCUGAUUUUCAAGCGUGCCAGAGAGGACUGGUGGAUCUGUUGGUAUCUUUGAUGAGCUCAAGAACAUGUUCAGAAGAGCUAACCCUUCUUUUGAGAAUAUUUCUGGAGAAAUCUCCUUGUACAGAAAUUCUUCUCCUGGGUAUUCUGAAAAUUGUUGAAAGUGAUGUUGCUGUGAGCCCUUUACAGUAUCUGACCUUCCCUUUCCUACACACUCUGAAUUUAAGCAACGGUGUUUCAUCACCAAAGUGUCCUGGGAUUCUCAGCAGUAAGGCGAUGGGCUUGUGGAGAAGAGCACGUGUGUCAAGGAGCAGGAAGGAAGUGGACAGUGACAGCGUUCCCCAGCAGCUGCUGUCCUCCUGGCACGUGGCCCCUGUGCACCUGCCCCUGCUGGGCCAGAACUGCUGGCCGCACCUCUCGGAGGGGUUCAGCGUCUCACUGUGGUUCAACGUGGAGUGCGUCCAUGAAGCCGAGAGUUGCUCAGAAAACCGAAGGAAGAUCAGGAAAAGAAAGAAGUCGUUAAGUUUACGAGAUAGUAGUUUUGAUGGAGCAGAGAACGACGGGCCAGAAGAUGCAGAGCACCCGCAUCCUGGUGAGAGGCUCAUAGAGGGAGGCUGCAUUCACCUGAUUUCAUUGGGAUCCAAAGCGAUGAUGAUCCAAGUGUGGGCUGAGCCCCUCACUGGCACCUUCAUCUUUCGGCUGUGUGUGGAUUCAAAUGAUGAUGCAAAAGCUAUUUUACUAGCUCAGGCUGAAUCAUUGGAGAAUGUUUUCCUCCCAAGAAAAUGGCAACAUUUAGUGCUCACCUACUUCCAGCAGCCCCAGGGGAAAAAGAAUCUUCAUGGGAAAAUCUCCAUGUGGGUCUCUGGACAGAGGAAACCUGAUGUUACUUUGGAUUUUAUGCUUCCAAGAAAAACAAGUUUGUCAUCAGAUAGCAAUAAGACAUUCUGCAUGAUCGGCCACAGUUUAUCAUCCCAAGAGGAGUUUUUGCCGUUGGCUGGAAAAUGGCACCUGGGAAAUUUGCUCCUCUUCAACGGAGCUAAGGUUGGUUCCCAAGAGGCCUUCUACCUCUAUGCUUGCGGACCCAGCCACACCUCCAUAAUGCCGUGUAAACAUGGCACGCCUGCGAGUGACUACUCCAAAUACAUCAAUAAAGACAUUUUGCAAUGUGACCAAAUCAGAGAGCUUUUUAUGACCAAGAAAGAUGUGGACAUUGGUCUCUUAAUUGAAAGCCUUUCGGUUGUCUACACAUCGAGCUGCCCUGCUCAGUACACCAUCUACGAGCCGGUCAUUAGACUUAAAGGUCAGGCGAGAGCCCCGCUCUCCCAGAGGCCCUUCAGCUCGAAGGACGUGCAGAGCGUCUCGCUGGAACCCCACCAGCUGAAGAGCCUGCGGCCCACUGAGUGUGAGACUCUCCAGGGCGUCCUGCACGAGAUCGGGGGCACCGGCAUCUUCGUUUUUCUCUUCGCCAGGGUUGUGGAACUCAGUAGCUGUGAAGAAACGCAAGCGCUAGCACUUCGAGUUAUACUCUCAUUAAUUAGGUACAACCAGCAGCGAAUACAGGAGCUAGAGAACUGCCAUGGGCUCUCCAUGAUCCAUCAGGUGCUGACCAAACCAAAAUGCACUGUUGGCUUUCACAUCCUGAAGACCCUCCUGGAAGGUUGCUGUGGUGAAGAGAUUCUUCAUGUCGAUGAGAACGGAGAGUUCACAUUAGAUGUGGAGUCGAAGGCUCUCAUCCAAGAUGUCAAACUGCUCGAGGAGCUGCUGCUCGACUGGAAGGUCUGGAGGAAAGCAGAGCCAGGUGUGUGGGAGGCACUGCUGGCGGCCCUGGAAGUGCUCAUCCGGGCAGACCACCCGCAGCAGAUGUUCAAUGUCAAGCAGCUGCUGAGAGCGCGAGCCGUUCAUCACUUCCUGCUGACUUGUCAGGUUCUGCAGGAACACAAAGAGGGGCAGCUUACCUCCAUGCCCCGAGAGGUUUGUAGAUCCUUUGUGAAAAUUAUAGCAGAAGUCCUUGGAUCUCCUCCAGAUUUGGAAUUAUUGACAAUUAUCUUCAAUUUCCUUUUAGCAGUUCACCCUCCUACUAAUACUUACAUUUGUCACAACCCAACAAACUUCUACUUUUCUUUGCACAUAGAUGGCAAGAUCUUCCAGGAGAAAGUGGACUCGAUCGUGUCCCUGAGGCACUCCAGCAGCGGAGGGAGGGCCGGCCCCCGCCCGGGGCCGAUGCUGAUCAGUCCCUCUGGCUUCACCGCGUCCCCGCCCGAAGCACACGGCUCCUCUGGCAGCAUUCCCCCACGGACGGGGGCCAGCCUGUGGCGUUCCAGAAGCCUGCCCGCGCUCCCCACAUCCUCCCUCGUGCCACCCCGGACGCUGGCCGGAGGCUCGGAUGGGGGCAUUAACAGGGUACCGAGUGCUGCUGGCAGCCCUGCGGCUCCCCAGCCUGAGCAGUGGAACUCCCCCGGGAGCUCAGAGACGCUGAAGCAGGGCGAGGAGGAGGAGGCGUCCAUCAGCAGCUGCGAGUCUGCAGAGGCUGUCUGUGAGGGGGACGCUGGCCCUCCCCGACCGGCCUCCGUGGGUGGCGUCCCCAGAGGAACGCUGGAGUGUCCGGGGGUCAGCGUUGAUCAGAAGGAGUUGGAGGCAGAGUCCAGAGCGGACGGUGAUGGCCCUGGGGACGCGUCCUACCCACGCCGCCCCGACGACCUGCGGGGACUGGCCUCAUUCCAGCGCAGCCAGAGCACCGUGGCGAGCCUGGGGCUGGCCUUCCCCUCGCAGAGCGGGUCUGCCCCCGUGCGCCGCUGGCCCAGCCUGGUCGACAGGAGCGCUGAGGACUGGGCCAGCCUGGCCUUCUCUCCGGGUUAUGAGCCCAACUACCUCCGCACCGCACACACUCCCAGGGUCACUGAGGACGCGCUGGUCCCCAUCUGCUGUGGGCUGUACGAGCUCCUCAGUGGGGUGCUCCUCAUCCUGCCCGACGCGAUGCUCGAGGACGUGAUGGACAAGCUCAUUCAGGCCGAGGUGCUGCUGGUCCUCGUGAACCACCCCUCCCCUGCCAUCCAGCGAGGAGUCAUUCAGCUGUUAGAUGUGUAUUUUAAUAGAGCAUCUAAGGAACAGAAAGAUAAGUUUCUGAAGAAUCGUGGCUUUUCCUUGCUGGCCAACCAGCUGUACCUGCACCGGGCGACUCCGGAGCUGUUAGACUGCUUCGUAGAAAUGUUCUUCGGUCGACACAUUGGCCCUGAUGACGAGUUUGAUCAGGAAGAUGUGAGAAACCUGGGGCUUUUUCAGAAGUGGGCUGUCAUUCCUGUCCUGGGACUAAUUGAGACCUCUCUGUAUGACAACACGCUCCUGCAUAAUGCUCUUCUACUUCUUCUCCAAAUAUUAAAUUCGUGUUCGAAGGUAGCAGACAUGUUGUUGGAUAAUGGUCUUCUCUACGUGCUAUGUAACACAGUAGCAGCCCUGAACGGAUUGGAAAAGAACAUUCCUUUGAAUGAAUACAAGUUGCUUGCUUGCGAUAUACAGCAGCUUCUUGUAGCCGUCACAAUCCACGCUUGCAGCUCCUCGGGCCCCCAGUAUUUCAGAGUGAUCGAAGACCUCAUCGUGCUGCUCGGGUAUCUUCAAAACAGCAAGAACAGGAGGACACAAAGCAUGGCCGUGGCGCUGCAGUUCCGAGUCCUCCAGGCUGCCAUGGAGUUCAUAAGGACCACCGCGAACCACGAUGCGGACAGCCUCACCGAGUGCUUCCAGGCACCUUCUCCCCAGCACGCGGUCUUUCCGAAGCGGAAGAGCAUUGCUGGUUCAAUUCCCGUGAAGGGCUGCGCUCUUCCUCACCUCCCGAGGCGCCAUUUUCGUUCCUACGGUCACCUCCCGAUGCUCUCCUCCUCCCGUGCGUUCAGGCGAGACUCCUCUCCCCCAGGCUCUCCCGGAUCCGCUCCCUGGGUGGCACCUCUCGGAGCAGGUCCUUGGAAAUGCCCCCUUGCUCACACGGACCCCUUUCUGAUGCGCAUGCGCUCGGUGGCGAGCGAUGAACUCCACGUGAUGAUACAGCGGAGGAUGAGCCAGGAGAGCCCGGUGCAGGCGAGCGAGGCCGAGCUGGUGCAGAGGCUGCAGAGACUCAUCGUGCUGGCGGUUAACAGACUUAUUUACCAAGAGUUUAAUCCAGAUGUUGUUGCCAUUUUGAGUACUCCAGAAAAUGCCACUCAGAGCAAGACCUCAGCUUCCCAGACUGAAAUUGCUGAAGAAAAUAGUCAUCGUGAACAGAUUUCCGUUUUCAAUCCAUUUCAGAAGGAAAUACUGACAUACCUCAUAGAAGGAUUCAAAGUAUCUCUUGGUUCAAGUAAACCCAGUGGUUCCAAGCAGCAGUGGGCGAAGAUCGUGUGGUCUUGUAAGGAUACCUUCCGCAUGCAGCUGGGAAGACUGCUUGCCCACAUACUGUCCCCAGCCCACCCUUCCCAGGAGAGAAAGCAGAUUUUUGAAAUAAUUCAGGAGCCAAAUCAUCAGGAAAUACUACGAGACUGCCUUAGCCCAUCCUUGCAACAUGGCGCCAAGUUAGUUUUGUAUCUGUCGGAGCUGAUCCAUAAUCACCUGGAUGAGCUGACUUGGGAGGAACUGGACGCGGCACAACUGCUUAUGAGCGCGUUGCAGACGUGUGGCCACAGGGGCCCCCCUCCCAGCGCGGCCGCAAAGCCGGAGCUGCUCAGAGUCAUCAGAGAGGAACAAAAGAAAUAUGAAACUGAAGAAGGUGUGAAUAAAGCCACCUGGCAGAAGACAGUUAAAAAUAAUCAACAAAGUCUCUUUCAGCGUCUCGAUUUCAGAUCAAAGGAGAUAUCUAAGCUAGCCGCAGACAUCACCCAGGCAGUGUCUCUCUCCCAAGGAACUGAGAGGAAGAAGGUGAUCCACCACAUCCGGGGGAUGUACAAGGUCGGCCUGAGCGCCAGCCGGCACUGGCAGGAGCUGAGUCAGCAGCUGACGCAUGACAGAGCAGUCUGGUAUGACCCCACCUACUACCCCACCUCCUGGCAGCUGGAUCCCACAGAAGGGCCGAAUCGAGAGAGGAGGCGUUUGCAGAGAUGCUACCUAACUAUUCCCAACAAGUACCUCCUGAGGGACAGGCAGAGGCCGGAAGGCAUGGUCAGACCGCCCCUCUCUUACCUCUUCGAAGACAAAACUCACUCUUCUUUCUCUUCUACCGUAAAAGACAAAGCUGCAAGUGAGUCUAUCAGAGUGAAUCGCAGGUGUAUCAGCGUCGCCCCGUCUAGGGAGACAGCUGGCGAGUUGUUAUUAGGUAAAUGUGGAAUGUAUUUUGUGGAAGAUAAUGCUUCUGAUACAGUUGAAAGUUUGAGCCCUCAGGGAGAAUUGGAACCAGCGUCCUUUUCCUGGACGUACGAGGAAAUCAAAGAAGUCCAUAAGCGCUGGUGGCAGCUGAGAGACAACGCCGUGGAGAUCUUCCUGACCAACGGCCGGACGCUGCUGCUGGCCCUGGACAGCACCAAGGUUCGCGACGACGUGUACCACAGCAUCCUGACCAACGACCUCCCCAACCUUCUGGAAUACGGCAACAUCACGGCGCUGACCAACCUGUGGUAUACCGGGCAGAUCACGAACUUUGAGUAUCUGACGCACUUAAACAAACAUGCCGGCCGAUCCUUCAACGACCUCAUGCAGUACCCGGUGUUCCCCUUCAUCCUGGCUGACUACGUGAGCGAGACCCUCGACCUCGGGGACCCGUCCGUCUACAGAAACCUCUCCAAGCCCAUCGCCGUGCAGUACAAAGAGAAGGAAGAUCGCUAUGUGGACACAUACAAGUACUUGGAGGAAGAGUUCCGCAAAGGGGCCCGCGAGGACGACCCGCUGCCGCCCGUGCAGCCCUACCACUACGGCUCCCACUACUCCAACAGCGGCACCGUGCUGCACUUCCUGGUCCGCAUGCCGCCCUUCACCAGGAUGUUCCUGGCCUACCAAGAUCAAAGCUUUGACAUUCCGGACAGAACCUUCCACUCCAUGAACACGACCUGGCGCCUCUCCUCCUUCGAGUCCAUGACUGACGUGAAGGAACUGGUCCCGGAGUUCUUCUAUCUCCCAGAGUUCCUAGUCAACCGAGAAGGUUUCGAUUUUGGCGUGCGUCAGAAUGGCGAGCGGGUGAAUCACGUCAACCUGCCGCCGUGGGCGCGGAACGACCCGCGUCUCUUCGUCCUCAUCCACCGCCAGGCUCUGGAGUCGGACCACGUGUCCCAGAACAUCUGCCAGUGGGUGGACCUGGUGUUCGGGUACAAGCAGAAAGGGAAGGCGUCCGUCCAGGCCAUCAACGUGUUUCAUCCCGCGACGUAUUUUGGGAUGGAUGUCUCUGCGGUGGAAGAUCCGGUGCAGAGGCGCGCGCUGGAAACCAUGAUCAAGACCUACGGCCAGACGCCUCGCCAGCUCUUCCAGGCGGCCCACGUGAGCAGGCCGGGGCCCAGGCUCAGCCUCGAGGGAGAGCUGCCUGCGGCCGUGGGGCUGCUCGUGCAGUUUGCCUUCAGGGAGACCCGGGAGCCGGUCCGAGAAGCCCCCCACCCGAGUCCUUUGUCCUGGAUAAAAGGCCUGAAGUGGGGGGAGUACGUGGGCUCCCCGAGUGCCCCGGUGCCCGUGGUCUGCUUCAGCCAGCCCCACGGGGAGAGACUGGGCUCCCUGCAGGCGCUGCCCACCAGGGCCAUCUGUGGCCUGUCCCAGAACUUCUGCCUUCUGGUGACCUACAGCAAAGAGCAAGGCGUGCGGAGCAUGAACAGCACCGACAUCCAGUGGUCGGCCAUCCUGAGCUGGGGCUACGCCGACAACAUCCUGAGGCUGAAGAGCAAGCAGAGCGAGCCUCCCGUCAACUUCAUCCAGAGCUCUCCGCAGUACCAGGUGACCAGCUGUGCGUGGGUGCCCGACAGCUGCCAGCUGUUCACCGGGAGCCGGUGUGGCGUCAUCACCGCCUACGCCAACAGGAUGGCGGGCAGCGCGCCUUCAGAGAUAGAGAUGGAGUCCCAGGUGCACCUCUACGGGCACACGGAGGAGGUCACCAGCCUGUUUGUCUGCAAACCCUACAGCAUCCUGAUAAGCGUGAGCCGCGACGGCACCUGCGUCAUCUGGGACCUGAACAGGCUGUGCUACGUACAGACUCUGGCAGGACACAAAAGCCCUGUCACAGCCGUCUCGGCCAGCGAAACGACAGGCGACAUCGCCACUGUGUGUGACUCAGCUGGCGGGGGCAGUGACCUCAGACUCUGGACGGUGAACGGGGACCUGGUGGGACAUGUGCACUGCAGAGAGGUCAUCUGCUCCGUGGCGUUCUCCAAUCAGCCGGAGGGCGUGUCCAUCAACGUGAUCGCGGGGGGACUGGAGAACGGGACUGUGAGGCUGUGGAGCACGUGGGACCUGAAGCCUGUGCGGGAAAUCACGUUCCCCAAGUCCAGCAAGCCCAUCGUCAGCCUCACCUUCUCCUGUGACGGCCACCACCUGUACACGGCGAACAGCGAGGGCACCGUCAUCGCCUGGUGCCGGAAGGACCAGCAGCGCCUGAAGCAGCCCAUGUUCUGCUCCUUCCUGAGCAGCUACGCGGCCGGCUGAGGGCGGCGGGGCGUCCGAGAGCCUGGCGCUCCAUCAGGAUCUGUGGCUUCAGUUUGGGAGGCUGCACCUGAAGAAACGAUGAGCAGACACACCCUCAGAUAAUUAUAAAACCUCCUCAUCUGCACGGACCUCUGCAGCUCCCAGGCGCUGGGCGGAGGGUCUCGCUGUAAGUGUGGUCGGGAGGGUGACCGCGGGCAUGGCCCGCAGGACUGCGGCCUCCGUGAGUCAGUCACUUUCGUUGUUUCUUCUACGGAGGAGAUGAGGGCCCCCUUUUCUAUCAUUCCAACAGUUUGUGCCGAGAUAACUCCUCACCGCCUGCCCCCCGCCCCCCAAAGAAGGAAAGUAAAAGGUCAAGAAGUCAGGACUUGGUGAUGACCAGGCGUUUUGCGGGCUGGCUGGCCACCGGAACAGUCGACUAACGACUCCGUGUUGAACAGCAGCUGCUGCCAGGCCUUCGCUCAGAUAGACCCAGAGUUUGUUGACCUCCACCCACAAGAACAGGGGUGGCCGCGAUUCAGACACGUUCUCUGUCUCCAUAAAAGUCCUGUUUAAAACCCAUAACACUAGCCACUGCCUGCCCUUCGCCGAGUCACGAAGAUGGAAACCUGGUGAUCACUCCUCACGGGAGCCUCCACUGCCGGUGUGCACAGCCGGGCGAGCCGUCGGGCCAGCGUGCAGGAGCUUCCCCCCGGGGGGGGGGGGGGUGACGGCUCGCUCUGUCUUAAAAAGGCUGGACAGCCCUGCGGGCCCUGUUCCACUCUGCUCUACUAACUGUGCCGCCUGAGAAUUCCAGCGACAGCGGGGACACCUCCCUGUGCGCCCAGCACGCCGCCGUCAGGACCGAACCCAAGCUCGGAACAGCCUCCCCCCCACCCCGGUUGCAGCCGUGUGUCCACUGGGAGCUGCUACAUCGGCUAUGAAGACACUAAUCGCUGAGCAACACGUGACCACACGAGACACACGUGUUCCUGCCUGAGAAUACCGGUGCGAUUGUGUGAAAACGUGACUCCUACUGUGUUUACAGAAGUACUUUGUCACUUCCAGACUUUCUAAAACAUUCUGUGUAAAAACUGCAGGGAACACGAUUCCUGAGUCUCCGUGUGGAUGGAUGCAAGAGGCAGCAGGGGCCGGCCGGGACCUGGAGCCGCCCCCACUGCCUCGCACAGACCUGGGGCUCCGGCCCAGGCGGAGGCGACCUUCCUCCUGUUCACGUCGCAGUGAUCUGCUUGUUUUAAAAAACUGCAGCUACUGUUGCUUUCACUUUUCUACUGAGAGCGUUCAAUGAGUCCCAUUAGAAGAGGGUUGCUACUCAGUCCUUUAUUUUUAAGGCUGAAGUCCGUCAUUUAAAGAAAUAUGCAAAGUGACUGGUCUUGUAAAGAGUGCAAUGUUCUAUUUUUAUGUAAAAUAAACAUGAAUCCGGGGGGAUUAUUUAUUCAGCAUGAAA